UAUUUGCAGCAUGUCCCCUGUGGGCGGCCGCAUUAAACAGAGGUAAAAGAAAAUCAUUUCGUGGUAAACUGCAUUUGUGAUCAAAUCCUGUCAGAAAACUCCUGCAGAAACAUAAACCAUAGGAACUUAUUGCUCAAUAUGCAUGGAACAGACUCAGCUUCCUCAACCUCUAAAUGCGAGACUCAAAGUGGUAAAAUAAAAUUUGCUCAGUGUAGAAUACUCCAUGUACUGCAUAAACUACACAAAAAGAGAGCAAGAAAAACCACUGUUGUUCAAGCUGACUCUUCGGUCACGUUAAUUGCACUAUCAAAAGCUCAAUCUCCCUUCUCACAAGCUGUAUAUUAUAUAAAUUAGUUGUGUUUGGCCUGUCAAUGCUUAAUUCAAAUCAGGCUAAUCACAUUAAAUUGUGUAACAAACAAGCCAAUCAAAAAUGCUCACAUAAUUAUGUCCUUGCGACUGAGGGAUUCAAACAUGAUAUUGUGAAGCAAGUUAAGCCUAAGAAGAUCAUCAUUGCAAGUUACAUGUAAUUUUAAAUUAUGAUGAACAAUUUAACAAAGGGAGGUAACUAUCAGUGGUAAAAAGGGGGGGCUACCUAUGAGUUAUUUUUUAAGUAUAUAUUCAUAAGUCUCGCUUGCUCAAGAAAUGAGGAGGCAAUUACAUCCACAUGAAGCAGGAUUUUCUUGUGACAAGUUUUUGACUUCCUACUUUAUCGACAGUCAAGUAUUCUUCAAGAUAUUUUAUUUUAUAUAUGGUAUUUGACAAUUUGUUUCUGAAUUGAUUGAAUACAUGUGCAUAAAUACACGAAAAUUAAGGGCCUAGAUUCGAGUAUGAGAGAAAUUACACCAUUGCCAGAGAGCAAAAAAAGUGAUGAACAUGGCAUGUCAUUUCGGUCAUCGCUGAAAAUGAAACAAUGAAAGUUUACAACACCCGACCAGUUAGCCACACCAUCUGCACCAUUGAUCAAAGUUUUGCUCAUUAAGAUUCUUCUUUUACUCGACUACUUGUUCCAAAGUAAUCACCACUUUUAAGCAAUAGAAUUCGUGGACCAACCUAUUCCGGAAAAGCUCUAAAUCUUUUGCAUUAACUCAUCCUAAGCUUUCUUCACAAAACAUUCGUGGCAAGCUCCUGAGUCAUGCCGUAAUUCGUUAUAUCCCAAGUUUCCAUGGUCAUCGCCAUCGCCAUGUUCAACCCUGCAGGGACCAUGUCUUCUCUUUUGUGGACUAAAUACAAGGAACAAAACAUGGCUUACAGAUUCUGAAUCUGCAAUUGAGACUUAAAAUUUAUUUUUGUGAUUUUAAAUCAACAAUCUAUCUCCUUCAUACGUAAAAACUAAGAACCUAAUUAGGAACCUACAUAGCCUAAAUUGCCAUUAAGUACCCCAAAAUGCAAGAACCUAUUUUGCCAGACUUCAAAAAAAGUAGGUUCUUAUUUUCUGGUGUUACUGUACCUCAUUUACCAGUUUUAUGUAAAUGAUUGGCCACCAUGGUAGCUUGAUGCACCACAACAAUAGGUUCAUGAGGAAUUGAAGUGAGUGAGUUCACUUGAUUCAUGUAAGAACUGUUAAUGAAUAAACCAGUGCUGUGUUUACAUUUGAUCAUUACCAAUUCACUGAGGUUAUUUUGAAAUGCCUUUCAUGUUUAGUGUCAGCAGAAAAUACAUGUACAUUUAACAACAAUAUUAAAACUGUUUAAAAAGUUUAAAGAAAAACUUGCAGUGACUCCAGGACUGGAGGAGCUAUUACAUGUAUACCUGCAUAGGUUCAUUAGAAAAUGGAAACUGUUACCCUCCACACCAGGAUGCGGGUUAUACUUCCCCCCACGGAGGGCAUCAGAAAUUCCAGUGGGAAGGGGGUCCAAGAGGAGGCAAUUUCCAAGGGAGUGGGGUCAGAUUCUCAAGGUCUUUUUUCCAGGGACUUUGAAUGAAACAAGUAUUAUUGUUUUUAUUGAUGAUCUUACAUUAACAAUUAUAGCUGAAUGCUUUUUUCAUAGCUUACCUGUAUGAUAUAGUCUACAUAUAUCUAAUAUGAAUGUCAUAUCGGCUCAUGAAUAAUGCCGGUCAUCCAGCUCAUUGCUUUAUAUUUCACAAUAUAAUUGUGGUAUUCACUGUGUUAUGGUCAUGUUCUAUUAGCCUUCUUUUAACUUGUUCUUAACUGUUUACUGGUUCUUUCAUAGAUGCUCUCAUAGUACACUGGGCAAAACUGUUCUGGAUUGAUGUUACAUUAUACAAAAAUAAAACAAGCCAACACUAUGAAUUGCUACUUUAAUGAAAAUCCCAUGAAAACGCCUUGAAAACCCCAUGAAAGCACUUUUAAUGGCCAUGAAAACAGAGAUUUAGAUUUCAUGGUGUUAUAUUCAAGCCAUGAAUUUCCCAUGAAAUAUGGAAUGAGUGAUUUUCAUGGGCCAUGAAAAAAAUUUAGAGCACUGAAAAUGGAUUUCAUGGGCCAUGAAAUUUCCACAUAUUACAUAUUGGCAGGUUUCAUGACCCAUGAAAAUGUUACUUUGCUGUCUAUGUAUUUCAUGGGUCAUGAAAAACCCAUGAAAACACUUUAAGGGGAAUUCACCAUGAUGCAAAAUCAUGAAAAUGCCAUGAAUUAAAGCUAAGUAGAAAUGGAUGAAACAUUAUUUUAAGAUAAUAAAAUCUGUUUAAUUUAAGUCACUUGAAGUGUUCUUGUUUUGCAGUUGAGCCCAAGAAUCUGAUUAAUACUAAACAGCACUGUCAUGAAGUUCUGAGCCACCCAAUGCUUUUAAUGUUUCACCUGCACUCAUGAUCAAUUGUUAGGAAUUUCUUUGCAAACAGUUGCGGCAUCAGCUGUAACAUUAACAUUUGUAAAUCAAAAUCAGAUGAACUCAGCAUAUAAACUGGUGUUAUAGAGUAUGACUCUUAAUGACAGAUAUUUCCAUCAAUUUUGUGUUACUGAGUGCUCUUGCACUCUUAAUGACAGCUCCCUGCUAAAACUAAUGGUUUCUCCAAAUAUAAUUUUCCAUCAAUUUUGUAACUAAUUAACUUGCAUCAUUUAAGUGUCAGUAAUAAACAUCUAAAAACCAGAUCUUGAGGUUUUCAUCAACUGCAGUUGUGAGUGGAUGAGACCGAUGACUCAGGAGGACUGGAACAGUUUGUCCAAUGGAAUCCUCUGAACACCAAAGACCACAGCUGGGAAUAAACUCUGCCUUUCUGUAGAAACUCACAGCUGCCCACAUAAAUGACUUCUGUGAAAAAGUGUGUUGAUAGAUCUGGUCAACAACACCAAACCUUAACGACCUGCUGGCACUACAGCUGCUAGCCUCUGAGCUUGAGGGAGGACUGUAAAAAACAAUAGUUGGCCUUUUGCGUGGGUGUUGUGUUGAAAUGUAAAGGUAGCUGCGGGAGUGCUGCUUAUCAUCCAAUAAAAAUUGGUGGUAGACAACUGCUGUUGGUUGAAGGCCCUCGAGGAUAGACAAAUGCACAUCUGAUAUAGCCUGACUUCCCUCCAGUCUCCAAUUGGUAAACUCUGGAAAUUUCUUUAGAUUUCCCUUUUUACGAGCCACUUCUUUCUCCAUUUGAUAAAUCGUCCACAGUGACUGGACUUGAGGGAUUUCUUUCUUGUAAAUCUCAUUCAUGUGAGCCAGGUUGUCAUUUGAGAGAUGCAUUGUUCCCAGUGAACUUCCAUCUGAGAGAAAUGGUGACAGUGAAUCUCUACUCAAGUGACUAUCAUCUCCACAUGGAAGUACGAAGGGAAGUUUAUUCCUCAUCUUUCCAGUCAAUUUCAUAUAGUGACACCACUCAAAGAUCUGUUAACAAAGAAUAAAUACAGAAAAUGUCUAGUGAAAAGAAUACAAUAGACAGAUACACAUAUAUUGUAAGUAACGUAACUACAUGAGCAGGAGUGUUGCAUCCGCCUAUACAAUAACAAUGUAAGCCCGGAUUUAUUUUUCAAUGUUAAUUUUCCAGCAAUUUAGGAAAUUCCAGGAGUAUGAACACUGGCACAUGCACAGCAUAUCCAUAAUGAGACAGCUAAAAUAAUCAUUAACUAGCUUUUAAUAAGAACCCUGUCUGUACAUCUACCAUACAAUCUGUACUUGUGCUCAAAGCUCACUGAAAGCAUUACCUGACAUGAUAAGUUCUAAGAAUGGUGGUCUCUGGAUGUCUUCUAUUCAGCGCCCUCCUGCACAGCCAUGAAUUGAAUCUCUCAUAGGCAAACAUCCAUGUACCGUGUACAGGCCCAAACCUCUCAAUCCCUUCUGGCAGGUGAUGGAGUAUGUGAUUUGUGAUAACCUUUCACUGUCGCUAGAGUCACUAUUCGUACUCGAAUCGCUUUCGUUAAUUCUUGAUUUCUUAGCCGUUGACGGCCCUUCGAUGGAUUUCUUCGAAUCCCACAAGCCGUAUAACUUAAGGUGUUGCUUUACCUUAUAACUUGAUUGCACUGCUUCACCUUUGCAAAUGGUGCAAAAACAGACUCGAGAAGGCAUUGAAUCGACAACAAGGCCCUCGUGGGUUCAAGCGAUGGUUCAAGCAAGUACAAUGCGCAGGCCCGAAAGCCGAGUUUACGGUCGUUUACCGAAUCGUUUACGACGAUGAGCCGAAGCCGGUCGACUGCGAGGGCUCAUGGGAUACUCUGUAUCAUGUGACUUCUGACGGGGAAGAGGCGGUUUUUUUGGAGUCAAAUCUUUGGAUUCGCUUGAAAAUUCACUUUCAAUAAAUUUGAUGCCAUGGAGCAGAUCUUUUCUGGUUUCCAAUCUGCCGACAAAGAUCGCAUCUUGGAGGUUCUACUGAACGAAGGGGUAAGUUCUUGUUGAUGAAGAAGCGUUUAUAACAUUUGUCUCAGUCGUCGAACGAAAUGUACACCACAGAUCGCACGCUUAAAGCGGUUUCGUUUAGUCCUUGAAAAUACUGUAACUUACAUUCGAUUACUUUUUUUAUAGCUUUCAUUCAAUCCUUGUUCAACAUCAUAAAUUAUAGUGUCCUGACUUUCCUAACGUUUUGAUCGCCACAGAUUGAUGAUCUAGAGACUCUCGAAGCGGCGAGAGAAGAUGACCUUCAUCGCGCGGGUCUCAAAAUGGGAGACAUAAUAAAAAUCCGCCGCGUGCUUCAAGCAAGAUCGAAAGAAAGUCCCCUGAACAGCUCACUAUCGAGCUUAUACAGUGUGCAUUCUCUUGCUUUGUUUAAAUUUAGCUACAGCAAAAGGAAUGCAUUGCAAUAUUUUUUUUAUGGGCUGUUUAAAAGUCAUUGUCUUGUUUAAUGUCAAUUGGAAAAUAAUCAGUGAACCUAGUCCUUGCUCUUGAAGUCCCCCCCCCAAUCAUUGGGCACACAAGUUUCUUAUUGUUUUUACCCCCUAUUUGACAUCAUAUGGCAAUCUCUUGCAAUUUACUUUUUCAGAGUAACAAGACUUUUGUCAACGAAGAGAAAAAGUCAAAAGGUAAUUGAUAAAUACAUAAUGGCUGCCACUCUAACUUAUAAUUUAGGGCCUCUUCAUACAGCUGUAUAAAACUAAAAUUAUUAUUUUCCAUCUAAACAGAAAAGGUGCGAAGAAACAAUUUAAAUCCAGCAUCUUUGCAUCUUUUGUAGUGUCAAUCUUCCACAUUUUUAACCAUACAUGUUUGUUUGUCUCUAUAUCUCUGGUGUUUUUUUUUUAUCUUACAGUGUAUUUAAUUAAUUUUGUAUGUUACUCUGAGGAGGUAAAUACUAGUUUUCAAAAUUACUUAAUAUUGUGCAUACAUGUAAAUAGUGCAUUUUUGUUGCUUACGAUUUCAGAAAAUGGGAAUAAAGAAAGCAGAAGAGACCCUGUCCCAACAUCCACUGUCAAGGUAAUUAUCCACCUAAUUUAGUGACUUCUAUCAUUAUAAUUAUAAACUUGAAAACUGGAACUUGCCAAACCAAAACCGUCAAAAGCAAAACCGGUACUCGCUCAAUUCAAGCAAAUUUGAAUUUCAUUUGUAAGUUGCCCCGAGCAAUCUGCCAAUCAAUAUUUCAACAUUAUGUGGAAAAGAACGUAGUAUUGGUAUUGGUACUAAUAUUGGUUUCUUAUCUUUUUGGUGAUUUUCAGGGCCACGACAGGGGCAGUUUAAGUGUUGGUCAGUGGGUGGCAGUUGCCUACAAUGAAGGCUUCUUCAUAGGCAAGAUAACUGCCAUCAAUAUGCGUGUGCUGGACGAGACUGUGGAAGAAAUUGACGUCAAUUUUUUGACAAAGACAACAAAGGGAAAUUACAAGUGGCCAAAACGCAAGGACACUCACAUAGUUAGUACAACCUAUAUAUUUUUUUCAACACCUACCGUUAACGAGGAUGGCAAAAACUUUGUUGUCAACAAUGAAGAC